AUGCCCAACGCGCACCAAAUUACUGAUUCUUUUAAAAAUCGGUUAGUAGAUUUCGCCAUUGGAUGCAGCAAAAAGCAAGAUUCACAAGUUCAUCUUCUGGAUGCUUUUCAGUACAUCUACUUCCCGUUGGAGCGCCCUGGCCGAUCACAGCCACCACCGCAGGCCGUUCAACGCCACCUCCGCAGGCGGUUCAUCGCAAAAACAGCGACCUGGAUCCCGCUGGUUCCCACCAGCAACGCCCGUUCGAGCACGUCGUCACUCUCCUGCUGCAGCGUGGCUCAGCUACUGCACUUGGUGGAGGGGCGAUUCGGCCAUGGAGUUGGAGGCGGAAGUGAGCCUGUUCGCGGCGGCGACCUCCGGUUCCCCGGUCCCCGGCGGCGUGGCUCAUCGGCCAGGCGGCUGGGCCUCAAGAACAGCAUCCAGACCAACUUCGGCGACGACUACGUCUUCCAGAUUGCUUCUUGCCAGGAGAUCUCAACGCUCGCAGUGUCCCUGUCAACAAACGCACUCAAGUUCUAUGCUCCAGCAACUGGACAGUAUUUGGGGGAAUGCACAGGCCAUACGGGGAGUAUCCAUGAGAUUGCCUUUUCAGCUCC